CAUUGUCAACUGCUUCUGCCUACAAAACAGACUCCACGUGAGGUGACAAUGGUCUCUUUAAUAGACGCUUCUGAUUUAGUGCAGACAUACUGUGUUACUUUCUCUUUCUUCACCUCUGGAUAGGAAGAAAUAAAAACAGAAUAUUGAACAAAGGGAUCACAUCAUCUUGCUUUUUUUAUGCUGGGGGAAGGGUACAUGUUCUCAGAGAGCAAAGAGUUAAUAGCCCAUUAUCCCAAGUGGUCGAAUAUUUGAGUAGCGGAGAAGGGCUGGUAAAAUUCAUUUAGCUCGUGUGUGAUAGUUCCUACCUGUGAAGAGCUGCGCUGAUGAGUCCCUUCUGCCAGGAUUAGAAAUGAACCAGCAAAGCCAUGUAAAAGGGAUGGAGAUGGGGAGACCCAGGUGCGGGAUGGAACUUUUCUGAUGCCUGCUGUUAACGACAUAUUUAGCAUUCCAAAACAGCAAAACAAUGUGAUACAUUUAUAGUCCAGUGAGCGGAAAUUGUAUCUUUUAUUUGGUGAAUCUGUGCUGUGAAACAGUAUUUUCUGCUGCUGCUUCACUAUUCUGGAACACAAUACCAAUUCUUAAAGUCAUUUCAGGAGUUAAUACUGCAACACGGUAUGGAAGACUUAAGUGUCUUCAGAUGCCUCAGUCCAGAUAAAGUGGAGAGGUGUAUGAAGGCAAUGCAGGCAGGAACACAAAUGGUGAAACUGCGUGGGAGUUCCAGGGGACUAGUCCGCUUCUACUACCUGGAUGAGCACAAGUUUUGUAUUCGCUGGAGACCUUCCAGGAAGAGUGAAAAAGCUAAAAUUUCCAUUGAUUCUAUCCAUGAGGUAUGUGAAGGGAAGCAGUCAGAGAUUUUCCAGCGCUUUGCAGAUGGCAGCUUUGAUCCCAAUUGCUGCUUUAGUAUCUACUAUGGAGACCAGAUGGCAUCUUUGGAUUUGGUCUCAAGCAAUGGAGAAGAAGCACGGACAUGGGUCACAGGGCUUAAGUACUUAAUGGCUGGAAUCAGUGAUGAGGACAGUCUGUCCAAACGACAGCGAACACGAGACCAAUGGUUAAAACAGACCUUCGCUGAGGCAGAUAAGAAUGGUGAUGGUUGUCUGAGCAUUAAUGAGGUACUUCAGCUGAUGCACAAACUUAACGUCAACCUCCCUAGGCAGAAGGUUAAGCAAAUGUUCAAGGAGGCUGAUACUGAUGACAAUCAGGGCACACUGGACUUUGAGGAGUUUUGCGCAUUUUACAAGAUGAUGUCAACCAGGAGGGACCUCUACCUGCUGAUGCUCACCUACAGCAAUCACAAAGAUCACCUGGAUGCUGAAGACCUGAAGCGCUUCCUAGAGAUUGAGCAGAAGAUGACUGGUGUAACUAAGGAAUACUGUCUGGAGAUUGUUGACAAAUUUGAACCCUGUCCAGAAAACAAAACUGAGGCAGUCCUUGGGAUUGAUGGCUUUACAAAUUACAUGCGGAGUCCAGCUGGUGAUAUUUUUAACCCAGAACAUUCUCAGGUGAACCAAGAUAUGACUGUCCCUCUCUGUCACUACUACAUUGCUUCUUCUCAUAACACAUACCUAAUAGGUGAUCAGCUCAUGUCCCAGUCCAGGGUAGACAUGUAUGCCUGGGUUCUGCAAGCUGGCUGCCGCUGUGUGGAAGUUGAUUGCUGGGAUGGACCAGACGGAGAGCCAAUUGUCCACCAUGGAUAUACAUUGACCUCGAAAAUCCUCUUCAAGGAUGUUAUAGAAACCGUGAACAAGUACGCCUUCAUAAAAAAUGAAUAUCCAGUGAUACUGUCCAUUGAGAACCAUUGCAGUGUCCCUCAGCAGAAAAAGAUGGCACAGUACCUUAUUGAAGUAUUAGGAGACAAGCUGGACCUCUCCUCAGUGAAUAUUGAAGAUGCCUCGCAGCUGCCUUCACCAGAGACACUCAAGGGAAAGAUUCUUGUUAAGGGAAAGAAACUUCCAUCAACAAUCAGUGAAGAUGCUGAGGAAGGAGAAGUCUCUGAUGAAGACAGUGCUGAUGAAAUUGAGGAUGACUGCAAACUGAUGAAUGGUGAUGCUUCAGCAAACAGGAAACAAGUAGAAAAUGUAGCAAAAAAGAAACUCGACUCUUUGUUGAAAGAGUCAAAAAUUCGUGAUUGUGAGGAUCCAAACAACUUCACUGUCGCCACUCUACCAUCUCCUGGAAAACUUGUUCAGAAAUCGGAGUUUAAAAAGAAAGGCAGUCCAGUCGCAGGCCCAGUGACAGAAAAGCAACUGAUAAAAACAGAGGAUGAAGUGGACCCAGCUGAAGAAACGAGUACCAACAAGCGACAUAGUCGGUCACUAAUGGGCAGUUUCUCCAAACGCAAGAAAAAAUCAGGAAAGCAAAAAAAAUCCUCAAGUUUAGAAGAUGAUGAAGAUGAUCAAGACAAGGGAUCAAUACACAACAGAGCAAGCAGGCAGAAGAAGACUAUGAAACUUUCAAGAGCACUUUCAGAUCUGGUGAAAUAUACAAAGUCUGUUGGUACUUACGACGUGGACUCUGAAAAUGUGAGUAGUUGGCAGGUGUCUUCCUUCAGUGAGACAAAAGCACAUCAGAUAAUUCAGCAGAAGCCAGUGCAGUUCAUCAGAUUUAACCAGCAUCAACUCUCUCGUAUCUAUCCCUCAUCUUAUCGGGUAGACUCCAGCAACUUCAAUCCCCAGCCUUUCUGGAACAUGGGCUGCCAGCUUGUGGCAUUGAAUUACCAAUCAGAAGGAAGAGUUCUUCAGCUAAACAGAGCAAAGUUCAGUGCUAAUGGGAACUGUGGUUAUGUACUUAAACCUAAGUGCUUAUGUCAAGGUGCCUUUAAUCCAAAUUCGGAUGACCCUCUACCAAAUCAGACGAAAAAGCAGCUGGUACUGCGAGUGAUCAGUGGACAGCAGUUGCCGAAGCCAAGAGACUCCAUGUUGGGAGACAGAGGAGAGAUCAUUGAUCCAUUUGUGGAAGUGGAGAUUAUAGGACUGCCUGUUGAUUGCUGUAAAGAGCAAACCCGUGUCGUUGAUGACAAUGGUUUCAACCCAAUGUGGGAAGAGACACUAGUGUUUAUAUUGCACAUGCCUGAACUUGCACUGAUCCGUUUCCUUGUGUGGGACCAUGAUCCUAUAGGACGGGACUUCAUUGGACAGAGGACCUUAGCAGUGAACAGUAUGAUGCCUGGUUACCGUCAUGUCUACUUGGAAGGUAUGGAGGAGGCAUCCAUCUUUGUUCAUGUUAUGCUCCAUGAUGUCACUGGUAAGGUCAAGCAAGCUAUGGGUUUAAAAAGUCUGUUUCUCAGAAAUCCCAAGCAGGGUUCUCUCGACAGUCAUGCUGCUGUGCAGCUCCACCGCAAGCACUCUUUUAGUAGCCAUCUGCUGCGAAGGACAGCCAGCGCCCCCACCAAGGGACAGCAGAAGAGCAAAAAGGGCUUCCCAGAAAUCACGAUUGAUACCAAAGAGUACAGCUCUGAAGGGGCUAGUGAAGACAGGGAAUCUGAAGAUUCCUCGCAGCCACGCUUCGACAGGGAUCCAGAAAGUUCCACACCAGUGCAUGCUUCAAGGGAUGGUACCAAUGGGGAGGUCCACAUCAAGGGUUUCAAAGAUGUACACAGAUACUCACUGCAUAGAUCAAUCUCUUCCUUACAUACAUUGGAAACCAUCACUGAGGAGACAUUAGUAACUAAAGAAAACAUUCCCUCAGACUUUGAACAGCACACAUUUAAUGCCAUCAACAAGGGCUAUGAAGACGGAUCCAUGCUUCAGUCUUCUGAAGCUCCUCCCAUCAAGGAAAACACAGAAAUCACAAGCCCAACAAGUCAGUCAGAAACUCUCUUGGUGGAAGGACAAGACUUAACCACAGAGCCAGUCAGUCCAGAUUCAGAAACUGUUUCCACAAGUGAGGAUGUUAAAGAUAACAACAUUGUGGAACUCCCUGUGCAUGAGUUAGAUGAUCAAAGUAGCAAUUUGCUUUCACACAGUGAGCAAAAGACGUCAAGUGCAGAGAGCUGUAAUGGAGUUAGCAAUAUUGCAUCCUGUGCAGAUAGUUCACAAAAAGCUGAUAUUAAUUGUGUGAGGGAAUGUAACAGUGCUGCAUCUUCAGUGGGAAAUGGAAGAAUGACUGAGGAUGUCAUUAGAAGAAAACCCAGUGCAUCGGUCAUUCCAGUAAAACAAAAUUCGCAAAAUGCUACUUCUAUGACUUCGGCAUUGCAGAGAACACAAGCUCUGAUAGCCUUUUUCGACCAUCAACCCGCUGUUUCACAGGCUGGACCUCGUAUGUUAGUGAGAAGAAGCAAAAGUGAAGGACACGUUACAGCAGACUGCCAGACUUCUUUGGCAAGUCAAAGAUGCCUGUCUCCAGCAGCAGAAGUGUAUUGUGAUGUUACAAUUAAUGACAAAAUCUGGAGUAAAUUGGAUGGUAACAGUCAUAGAGACAGCAUGUCCUCAUCAUCUAGUAUGUCAUCAAAUGACACAGUCAUAGAUCUGUCUUUACCUAACUUGGCUCGCAGCAGCUUGACUGACCUUGAUGAAUGUCAGGAUGAUAGCAGAAGUGGACUUAUGAUUCAGCGAGGGGUUCGUCCAAGAUCUGCAACAUCAAGCAAUGAAAUUCAAAGAGUCAGUAAGAGCAAGUCAAACCCUAAUUUAAGAACUCAUCAACAAACUGAAGAUGAAAUUAGUCCAAGGCCUCUGAGUAAGGGUUCUGGGAAUACAUUACCAACAUUUACCAGAAGGCAUACUUGGAACAAGUUGUAUGUGGAAAGUUUAAAACAGUCAGUUCCAGUUUUAAAAUCUGCACCUCAUGAGGCUAAUGCAGAUAACACGCAAACAAAGUCCAAAAGUCUUGGUGAUCUAACUUCUGAAGACAUUGUAUGCAACUUUGAAAGCAAGUACAGAAGUAUAAGUAGAAGUUUUGUCACAAGAUCAAUGCAAGAACAUCGUUUUUUAGCAGGGAUGAAGAAUGCAACAAAGUCUCAUAAUGAUCUAACUGAAAAACUUAAGCAGCUCACAAGCUUUGAAGAAGUUGAUGACAUCACUUCACCAACACGCUACCAACCUGACUCUGAGGAGGAGGAAAACGCAUGGCCACUUCGUAGAUGUUCUUCAAGAAGUCAGAGUCGGGUACGUUACAUUGCAAAUAGAGCAAAGCAAGCUCAGGAGCGUCAGCGAUUACAGAACCUGGCCCUUCUGAAUGUCACUCCUAUUGAAGAGAGAGGAAACCCUGAGGGAGAAUGUUCUGCUGUAAAAAGUGUUUACUUGGACUCCUUUCCACUUCCAGAAAUCUCAACCCAAGCAAAGAGUCUGCCAAAUUUUAAAAAUGGAGAGGAUGCUCUCUUAGUGUUAAAUAUAUGUAACUAAAAAUAAUUGAUGAUCGGAACUGAUGACAGACAUUUGAUAGUAGAUUUCACUGACAUUCAGUAACAUGGCAAAAAUUCUCAGUGGCAGGAAUCUAAAAUACUUAUAUAAAACUUCCAAAAUUCAAUAGUAAAUGAUUGAUAUUGCCAGGAGCCUACAGCAACUGUAAAAAUUGAAGUUAAAAUUCUAAUGGGUGCCACAUGCAGCUGCAAUACUGAAAUUAGCUGUACCAAAACAUGUAACAUUAGAAAAAGCUACCUGUAUGCUGCCACAGCAAAUAGUUUUCACAGAUUAUGCAAAUUGACAUGAGAACUGAAUAUGGCACCUAGAAGAGUAUUAAAUCAAUAGAAUUAUGAAUUAUUGACUGAAGACACAUGAAGCUAGUUAGGGGUUUAAAUGCAUUGCUGCUGUACAGAUAUUUUAAGAAAUGUGGACCAUAUUGUGUUUUUAUGGGUUAUUUUGUGCUAUUUUUUUCUUUAGCAGGGAUCAGAACACUUAGUCCUGAAUUCAGUUUUUGGACUUAUUCUGAUAACCAUACUUACACUUUGUAACAUGAACUAUUUUGUGUUUUGCUGACUGGUAUACUGCGGUACAAUGAUCUUUAACAGACUGACUUCUCGGAAGUACAAGCUGACAACUGUCAACUACAAAUCCCAGAAUGUUCUGCAUGUUUCUUUAGGGAUGACUCAAUAGUGAGUUAAUGACACACAGUGCUAGUUAGUGUGUGCCAUAAUUUUAUCAGCUUUGAAGAAAUAUUUUAUGGCACACCUAUUCUAUAUGGAUAAAGUGCAAUUUGUGAUAUUAUGUUUAACCCAUGAAGGAUAGAAGGAUUAAAUAUUAAGUGGCUAUGCGUUAUAAAAAUGCCAGGAUGCAUCUCAAUGUGGAAUAAUCUACUUUGCAGUCAUCAGCUCAGUGUACUCUGAGAUUUUUGCAGUUAUGAGAAUUGGCAGCUUGCAAGCGAGUGGAACCUAUUUAAUUAAACAACUAAAGCUCAGGGAAAGGAGACCAAUGACACAAUGAAUAUUUAAUUGAAAAGCAUAAUAAGUAUUGUGUAAAAAGUUGAGUUUUCAGAGGACAGUCAUUUAAAUUAAGUUUUCUGACUGAUGUGUUGUAUUAAAAAAACAAAAGUAUCUAUGUUUAACACAAAUGCAGGGAACAGCUUUAUUCUAUGUUUACUGACCCACAAUUCUUCAGCUCAUGUACUCCACAUUCAUCCACAUGCAAUGACUGUAUUAAGAAUGGCAGGGAGACAUGCAGUGAAUUAAACAAAAUGUGAAAAUAUAAAUGCCAUUGUUAGUUGUGUAUUACAUUUUCCAUCAGCACAAACAGUACCCAACACUAUAAAUCUAGAUCUUCCUGGCCAAAGGCAAAAAGCACUUCUUUCCUAGGCUUCAAGGUUGAAUGUAAAUUUGAGAGCUGAUAAAAAUGCCCAAGGGCCACGCUGGUAGCCAGCUGAACAUGGAUGGUAUAUGUCUGCACUUGGAUCCCUGUGUGAGGAGCACUGUCUUUUUACUUAGUAUUUUAAAAUGAUGAUGCUGUGCACAUCCCCCUUUGGUGAAGCUCCUAUAAAUAUAUGUACAUAUUUAUAUUUUUUGCACUGCCAUGCAAAAUGUUCAGUAUGUUUUUAAACAAUAUAUACAUAUUUAAAUUUUUAGAUAUUGCAUUUAGAAAAUAAUCUAUGAAACUGAGAUACAGAUGUUCAUUCUUUUAUACAUUAAUCCUUUUUUAGUUACUUAACAGCAUCAUUUGUCAUUUAUAAU